AUGUCUGAAUAUAUUGAAUUAAUCAAGAGAGGUGGUAACGAAGCCUUAAAAUUGAAUCCACCACACGAUGUCGACUUCCACAUCACUAAGGGUGGUUCUGAUUGGUUGUUUGCUGCUUGUGCUAUCUUUGCUGCUUUGGCUUUAACUGCUGUUGUUCUAAUGUUUACCAGACAUGUUCACGAAAGAAUGGCUUACUACACUGCCAUUAUUCCAACCUUAUGUAUGUCUAUUGCUUAUUUCACCAUGGGUUCUAACUUGGGUUACACUUCUACUCAAGCCUUAUACAACAGAAACAGAGUCUCUACCCAAAAGACUCACUUAGGUUUUAGACAAGUCUUCUACGCUAGAUACAUUGGUUGGUUCUUAGCUUUCCCAUGGCCAUUUGUUCAAGCUUGUUUGAUGGGUCACACCUCCGUCUGGCAUAUUAUGUUCAACGUUCUUAUGGUUGAAAUCUACGUCGUCUCUUACUUAGUUGCUGGUUUAGUUCACUCUCAAUAUAGAUGGGGUUACUACACAAUUGGUAGUUGUGCUGGUAUCAUUGCCUGUAUCUCUGUCUUAACUACUACUAGACGUGUCGUUAAGAGAAAGGGUGGUGAGCUAUACAUGGUCUUCAGAGUUUUCACUGGUUUAUGUAUCUUCUUCUGGGCUAUUUACCCAUUAGUCUGGGGUUUAUGUGAAGGUGGUAACGUCUUAGUUCCAGAUGCUGAAGCUAUCUGGUACGGUGUCAUGGACUGUUUGUUAUUAGGUGUUAUGCCAUGUAUCUUUGUUGUUAUCUCCGGUUACUUCGGUUUAGACACCUUAGGUUACAAGUUUGAAGAUGAAGAAUCCACUUUGCCACCACCACCACCAAAGUCUCCAUCAACUUCUCCAUCUUCCAAGAGUUUAAAGAAGAAGUCAAAGAAAUAA